GACAUGGAGCGCUAUGGAUACAGCCUACACGAGUGCAGUAGGUAUCUCAACUAAAGACACAAAUAUUUCUCCUGUUUGUAAACAAACAAUUUGAGAGGCUGAGAGGAAAGAAAGGGUGGCCCGGUUGAGGAUGGAGUGUGCAUUUGACGCACAGAAUCUGAUCUCCAUUUCUUUGAGGAAAAUCCAAAGCUCCAGGACGCAGAGAGGAGGCAUCAAGCUCCACAAGAACUUACUGGUAACAUACGUUCUGAGAAACGCCAGGCAGUUUUACAUGAGCAAAAACCUGUCGCAAACGCAGAGGACGCCUCCGUAUGAGGGUGUAACAGCGGUCCGCGAAAGGCAAGAAUACCUUGAAUUGACUGGGAGCUUCACAGAGUUGACUGAUGACUUCUACUGCAACUUUACUGGGGUUGAGUCGGACACUUGGCACUGCGGAGCGCACCAGUCCAACAGCCAGCCUGCGGAGGUGGCGCACCAAGACGCAUCUGCCUGCGCAAUGGUUUCACUAAGUGACUCUGACCUCAUGGAAGCUUGCUGGAGCUGUGCAGACAAAUCUUCUUGGGAGUUACCUAUCCCAAACACACAAGCCAACCAAAAGACUGUCCUGGACUUGGACACUCAUGUGGUGACUACUGUCACAAACGGAUACUUCCACUCAGACUGUUGCGCGCAGCCAAAACAGCCGCAGGGCGCGCAGUGCUACACUAAAAAGCGAAAGAUUGACGCAAGUUAUUACAUUGUUGAUCCAGAGUUUUAUUUGCCAGACUUUGGGCCGGUGCCAUGUAAAAGGAUGAGGACUGAAGAUGACACACAUUCAGACUCGGAGCAGUUGGAUAGCACCAACAUCUCCAACCUGAUCUCGGUCUUGGGUUCAGGUGGACUAUCUGAGUUUGUGAGUUGGCAACAGACGGACCUUGAGCAAAUAUUCGCCUCUCAAACAAUUUGUUUAAAACACACACUAUUAACAGGCAGUGGUUGGACCAGAGCAAUUGAGGCAUUUUGAUUUGUAUGAGUGUAUUUCCUUUGUACCGUUAUAUAUAUUUUUGCUUUCAAAUAAACCAUGACACGACUGCAAUUCUCAUUCUCUUCUCUGUUAUAUUAGAAGAUUAUUGAAACGUGGAUUCAUGGAACAAUCAUAUCAAUUCCUGAUGACUUUGCACAUUGAAUGUUCUCGUGCCAAUUAGUAUAAUUUCUGCACACAAUAUAAAACUAAGUAUAUGUUCUUGUAAUUCGUCUGGGGUUCUUGAGUUUGUCUUUGGUUUGUAUUUCCUGAGGAAAUUAGUUAACGCUGUUUCUCUGGAAAGACGUUGGACGAGCACCAUCAUGUGGCCAGUGAAGAUCUGUACAGAAUCACGCACCAGCUCAACUCAGAAUUAUUCUGUAUUGUAUUAUUUAUAUCAGGGCCUGCUUUGUUAAAUCAAUAAAAA